GAACAUACGGAGUUGCAAAGCGCCUGGCGGAUCAGUAAGCGUCGCGACGUCCGCGGCGCAGGCAGGUUGCACCACCGUCUUGUCUUCUCGCUUGCUCGCCGUGAUAGUACUUAUUCGCCGGUGCGUCGGGGAAGACGCCGUGACACCCUGGUGGUGGUACCGCGUGUACGCUCGCGGCACGCGAGUGCAUUCUCUCAUCAGCAGACUCUCUGGUGGAUUAUGGGGUUAAGCGGCGGAUAAAUGGGGGCCGAUGGACAUUUUCGCGUGACCUUGUCCCUCAGGAGGGAACCAGGCGCUGGGCCGGUGUAUUGUAAAAUGGAGACCUCCGCCAGGUUCCGACAGCUGAAGACGGUGAAGCUGAGCUGCGAGACGACCUACCGGCUCGAUAUCAGCUUCAAGCCGCCGCAACUGCUGCAGUCCCUGAGUAUCGGCGGCAAACCGGUGGAGGUGAUCGAGCGGGCAAGAGACGGCACGGCGUGCGCAUACAGCGCCUACCACAGUACCAAGGACAUUCCGGCGAGCGCGCGCGGUCAUCGGGAGGACCUGCCGAUCUCGAUGCGAGUGCUCGGCUCCGGCUACCUGACCACGUGUCUGCAGAUCAAGUACUACCGGCUGAUUGAUCAAAGUCACUGCGAAUGGGGCGCCAGAUUGCACUGCAUCGAACUCGACUGCUCCAGCGUGGAGGGCCGCCUGGUCACGGUGGACCGGGAGACUUACAGGAAGCUCGGCAUAGAGUCUUAGCGAACCGUCCGUCUCAUCGCGAUCGUACGCUCGUUAUCAGCGUUGCUCGGCGAUAAUCCGAAACCCGACGCCGCGCCGCCGCGAUCGAUGCCCUUCGCACGCGAUCGGCCGACCGCGCACGCCUGUGAACGCCGUACGCGAAUCAGGAUCAGGGUUUAUCUUGAGCGCGGGAAAAGCUACAGCUUGUACGAGGUCCAUGCUGUUCGCCCAGGACUCCCGAAUGAAGACAGACGAGAUCGAUAGUACCAGCGACUCAUGUCUAAUAUAACUUUUUGUCCUAAUCCUAUUUUUGGAAUACUGUCAGAGCGUUUCUUUUUUUUAAUAAUACGGAGUAUAGGUAGCCAAUAGUGUUCUCGGGAUACUCCCGAUAUCCGCGAGCUGGGUUUUGAAGCGAACAGAGAGAAACUUCGCGGAAACGUUAUCACAAUCGACGGAUAAUUGAGAUUGAUCGUUGAUUCCAAUAAUUGGCGAACAGCAUCGCAAUAGUGGAAAGCCGUGAAACAAACGCACUUCGAAGCGUCCUAUUAGCGUUCUAUCCGUGAAAGGCGAUAAUUAAGGCUCCUGGUUCUCCUGGUUCAUCGCGAAACUCUUGAUCGAUGACGUCAAAAGUGAGGAAAUGCAUGCCCUAAAUUCCUGCAAAGUACGUCGAAAUAAAAAGACUAAUCCAAAAAAAAAAAAAAAAAAAAAAUACAUUUGCAAUCGAUUAAGCGCACUACUAAAAUAUUCCGAACUCCUUUCCUUUUGUUCUAAAAGUGUAUUUUGAAAGUGUGCUUAAUCGAUUGCAAUGUCAUCUUUUGGAUAUAUCCUUUUAUUCCGAUGUACUCUGCAGGACUUUUGGGCACGCAUUUUCUCGCUUUUGACGCCAUAAAUCAAGAUGAUCACGCUUUAAGUUGUGUUAAAUGCUGACUGUAAAUUGAAGUUUGUAAGUAACAGUAAAUUUAAGUCAACGUGUAAAGAAAAUCGUAACGUAACGAAAGUGUGAUUUUGCGCGAUUAGGCAUAUUAUCAUACAUGAGAUAUACAUAUCAAAUUAUUUUAUAAUAAAACAAAGAUCGGGAUAGAAAUAUUUAAUUUGUUAAAUUAAUAUCUUAUCGAAAUUGUUAUUACUUUUUCUACGUUGUUAUAUUUCUUAAAACAAUCAUGUUUUUAUUACGUUAUGAUUUUCUUGAUUUCUCCUUGCCUCUCGCUUUAUCUUUUUAAUGACGUCAAAAGCGAGAAAAUACAUGCUAAAAAUUCUUGCGAAAUAUAUUGAAAUAAAAAUAUAUUAUAUUUAUAUAAAAUAUAAAAUAACACUUGCAAUUGAUUAAACAAAUUUGUA